UUGAGGAGGCAGCAUCUCCCGAAAGGGGGCGGAACUUCCCGAAGGCCCUUCGGCUGUUUCCGUCGAGCAUGGAGCCGGCGAGUUCGAGGCCCGGCGCCGGCGAGGACGACCUUCCGUGCGGUUUCUGUCCCUCGCGGCGGGCGCCGUACACGUGCCCGCGGUGCCUGCUCCGCUUCUGCUCGGUGCCGUGCUACCACGGCCACGGCUCCUGCGCCCGGGACUUCCGGGACCGCGAGCUCCGGCUCCGGCUGCAAGGCCUGCGGGGCGACGCGGCCUCGCGCGACCGGGUCAGGGAGGCCCUUUGGCGGCUGAGGGAACUACGCGAGCCCGGGGAUGAGCAGGCCCAGGUAGGCCUCGGCCCGGAGGAAGAAGAGUUGUGGGAGGAGCUGACCCUGGAAGAGCAAAAGGCCUUCAGGAAACUCCUGAGCAGCGGGGCGGCCGCGUCCCUGGUGCCUCUUUGGACGCCCUGGUGGGAAGCAGCAGCCCCGCCCGCCCUCGUCCGGGAAGUGGAUCCCCGGAAUCCAGGAGAACGGGGUCUAGUUGAGGAAAGGGACCCCCAGGAGCCAUUGCAGGGUGGUUUAGUUGAAGAAGUGGAUCCCCAGGAGCACCCAGAAGGCAGAGACCGGGAUCUGAUGGAGAAAACGGAUCCUCAGAAGCCUUUAGAAUGUGAUCUCAUUGAGGAAAGGGAUCCCCAGAAGCCUUUAGAACCAAAAGUACGUGCUUUCCUUGAGGAAAGGGAUCCCCAGAAGCGCAGAGAAGGCAGAGACCGGGAUCUAAUCGAGAAAACUGAUCUCCAGAAUAUAUCAGGAUGUGAUCUUAUUGAUGAAAGGGAUCCCCAGAAGUCUUUAGAACCAAAAACAUGUGCUUUCCUUGAGGAAAGGGAUCCCCAGAAGCCAUUGCAGGGUGUUUUAGUUGAAGAAGUGGAUCCCCAGAAGCACUCAGAAGGCAGAGACCAGGAUCUAAUUGAGAAAACUGAUCUCCAGAAGCCUUUAGAAUGUGACCUUAUUGAAGAAAGGGAUCGCCAGAAGCACACAGAAGGCAAAGAUUGUGAUCUCCUUGAGAAAAUGGAUCCUCAGAAGCCAUUGGAAGGUACUUUUAUGGAGGAAACCGAUCCCCAGGAGCCUUUCGGAGGAGGAAAACGGGCUUCCGUGGAGGAAACAGGUCCUCAGAAUCCAUUAGAAGCAGAAGGACGGGCUUUCAUUGGUGAAAGGGAUCCCCAAAAGUCUUUACAAACGGAAGGUGAUCUCACUGAGCAAAUGGAGCCCCAGAAUCCGAUACAAGCCCCUUUCCUUGGGGAAGUGGAUCCUCGGGAUCCAUUAGGAGCAGACAAACGUGGUCCAAGUGAGGAAGCAGAUCCCCAGAACCCAUUGCAAAGAGAAAAACAUGUUUUCAUCGACAAAAGGGAUCCCCAGAAGCCAUUACAAGGUGUUUUAAUCGAGGAAAUGGAUCCUCAGAAGCCAUCAGAAGCAGAGGAUCAUGUUUUCGUUGACAAAAUGGAUCCCAAGAAGCCAUUGCAAUGCACUUUCGUUGAGGAAAGGGAUCCCCAGAAGCCAUUACGAGGUGCUUUCAUUGAGAAAACGGGUCCCCAGAAUCCAUCAGAAGCAGAAGAUCGUGUUUUCGUUGACAACAUGGAUCCCAAGAAGCCAUUACGAGGCUCUUUUGUUGAAGAAAGGGAUCCCCAGAAGACAUUAGUUGAGGCAAGGGAUCCCCAGGAUCCAUUAGAAGCAGGAGGACGGGAUCUCGUUGGUGAGCGGGGUCCCCAGGGUGCCUUGCAAGGCCCCCGGAGGCCUGUGUGUGGGGCGGAAGCCUCUCGGCUGCUGCGCUCGAUCCCUCGGGCGAUCCCCCCGUUGUGCUCCUUCGGGGUCUCGGCCUCUCCCGCCGCCGGGCUCCAGCUCCCGGGCCUCCUGUACGGCUACGCCUACUGCUUGUCCCUCUACAACGGGGAGGUCGAGGACGAGGAGGAGGAGACGCUGCUCUGCGAGUUCUGCGAGACCCUCCUGGACGUCUGCCCCUCCCUGGGACCCUCCCCGAGGCCUUACGGGUCCGUCUCGGAGGCCCUGCAGGACGCCUCGAGGGCCAUCGCGGACCGGCGUUACCCAGAAUGCCCCCUGGGGCGGGGCGGGGCCAUGGCCGCGGUGGCCAGGCUGCUUUCCCAGAAGGCCUUUCUCCUGGCGGCCCUGAGCCACCUGGGCAGGCUCCUCCGCAAGGGCCGGAAGCGGAUGGCGCAGGCCGACCGGAGCAGGGCCUUCCGGGCCGGGAAGAAGUGCGCCUUCCUGCUCUCCUGGGCCAAUGAGAACGAAGGGCAGCUGCGCCUCCUCGCACUGGCCGCGCGGGAAGAGGGGCGGGGCCAGAGGGAGGCGGGACAGGAAGUGGCCGCCCUGCGGAGGGGGCUGGAGAGGAAGUGGCGGGGGAAGAGGCCACCAAUGGAGAAGGAGAAGAAGGCCCUCAUUGAGGAGCUGGACUGAAUACAUGGCCCAGCCAGGACUACAACACCCAGCAUCCCUCGCCAUUGGUUACUUUGAAGCCUGUCCAUCAAGGACUCCUCUCCUUUCGUUGGGUUGAAACAUGGCUGUUGAGGACUACAAGGCCCAGCAUUCUUCACCUGUCAUUGUGUUGAAGCCUGUCAAUCAAGGACUCCUCUUCUUUCAUUGGUUGAAACAUGGCUGUUGAGGACUACAAGGCCCAGCAUUCUUCACCUGUCAUUGUGUUGAAGCCUGUCAAUCAAGGACUCCUCUCCUUUCGUUGGUUGAAACAUGGCUGUUGAGGACUACAAAGCCCAGCAUUUUCACCUGUCAUUAUGUUGAAGCCUGUCCAUCAAGCGCUCCUCUCCUUUCAUUGGGUUGAAACAUGGCUGUUGAGGACUACAAGGCCCAGCAUUUUCACCUGUCAUUAUGUUGAAGCCUGUCAAUCAAGGACUCCUCUCCUUUCGUUGGGUUGAAACAUGGCUGUUGAGGACUACAAGGCCCAGCAUUCUUCAUCUGUCAUUAUGUUGAAGCCUGUCAAUCAAGCACUCCUCUCCUUUCGUUGGGUUGAAACAUGGCUGUUGAGGACUACAAGGCCCAGCAUUCUUCAUCUGUCAUUGUGUUGAAGCCUGUCAAUCAAGCACUCCUUUCGUUGGGUUGAAACAUGGCUGUUGAGGACUACAAGGCCCAGCAUUCUUCACCUGUCAUUAUGUUGAAGCCUGUCAAUCAAGGACUCCAAGGCCCAGCAUUCCUCAACUUUGGUUCUAUUAAAGCAUGUCCUUUGAGGACUCCCAAGGCCUAGCAUUUCUCAGUGUCAAUCGAUUGUCUUGAAUGGCUUCCAUUGAGGACUCCAAAGCUCAGCCUUCUCAACUAUUAGUUGUAUUGAAACAUGGCCAUUUAAGACUCAAUUGCCUAGCAUUCCUCACCUUUCAUGGUGUUGAAGCCUGUCAGUCAUGGAUUACAAAGCCCAGUGUUCCUCAGCAUUGGUUCUGUUGAAGUGCCUAUGCGGCACUUCAAUUGAGGACUACAAGGCCUAGCGUUCCUGACCAUUGCUUCCAUUGAAGCGUAUCUAUUGAGGACACCAGUGAGGUCUCCAAGACCCAGUGUUCCUCACCUUUGCUUCUAUUGAAGCUCAUGUAUUGUGGACUCCAGGGCCCAUCACUCUUAGCCCUUUGGUUAUGUUGAAACAUGUCCCUUGAGGACUCCAAAGCCCAACAUUCCUUACCUUUGCGUACAUUGGAGUCUAUGUAUCCAUACCUUUAGUUGUGUUGAAAGGUUUCCAUUGAGGACUCCAAGGCCCAGCAGUCCUCGCCAUUGGUUCUAUUGAAGUGUCUGUAUUGAGGACUCUGAUGCCCAGCGUUCCUCACCUUUGGUUUUAUUAAAGAGUUUUCAUUGAA